AUGGCAGCCAGAAACACUUCUGUGACAGAGUUCAUCCUCGCAGGCUUAACCGACCAACCAGGACUCCGGCUCCCCCUGUUCUUCCUCUUUCUAGGUUUCUACCUGGCCACAGUGCUUGGCAACAUGGGCUUGAUCAUGCUAAUAGCACUGAAUUCUCACCUGCACACCCCCAUGUACUUCUUCCUCUUCAACCUCGCCAUCAUAGAUUUAUCUUGCUCCACUACCAUCACCCCUAAAACGCUGAUGAGUUUUUUCUUCAAGGAGAACAUGAUCGUGCAUGCUGGGUGCAUGACACAGCUGUUUUUCUUCUGCUUCUUUGUCAUUUCUGAGUCUUUUCUUAUUUCAGCAAUGGCAUAUGAUCGCUGUGUUGCCAUCUGCAACCCACUUGUGUACCCAGUCACCAUGUCUCCCCAGGUAUGUUCACUACUCUUGUUUGGUGUCUAUUUCAUGGGGUUUUUCGGGGCCACUGUACACACAGGAAACAUAAUGAGUCUGACCUUCUGUUCUGACAACCUUAUCAACCAUUUCAUGUGUGAUUUCCUUCCCAUAGUUGAGAUCUCCUGUAAUAGCACUGAUACAAAUGACUUGGUGAUCUUUAUUGUUGUGGCUACUGUUAUUUGCAUACCCACUGUUAUCAUCUUUAUUUCUUAUGCCCUCAUCCUGUCUAGCAUUCUUCACAUUCGUUCCACAGAGGGCAGGUCCAAAGCUUUCCGCACCUGCAGCUCCCACAUGGUUGUAGUUUCUCUUUUCUUUGGUUCUGGUGUUUUUGCAUAUCUGAAACCACCAUCCAUUUUGUCCCUUGAUCAAGAGAAAGUGUCUUCCCUGUUCUAUACCAUUGUGGUACCUAUGUUAAAUCCUUUAAUCUAUGGAUUGAGGAAUAAGGAUGUCAAAAUUGCCUUGACGAGAACUUUGAACAGAAAAAUAUUGUCUUAGAAGAAAAAUAGUUUUUGAGAAGGAAGCUACAAGUUGUUGCUUAUUUGUAUCUAUGUUUUUGAUU